AGUCUCCUUCAGGAUUUUCUUGACUUAGCGUGAAGAGCUGGAUUCCAAUUCAUUACUACUCCACGUCACCAUACACCCUUCUUCUCUUUUAAACCAAUCCUUUCUUCCUCCAUCUCCCGAGAAAAUAUUUCCAGAACUCAAAAUUCUCUCUCUCUCUCUUUCUCUCUUUCUUUCUUAACAACCAAGAAACAGGAACAGAAAAAGAAAAGGAAAAAGAAACAGAUGGAGGGUCUUAUUCCUUUUGUGUAUAGAGCUAUAAUGCAAUACAAGAAUGGAAACGAAGGGCCUCUAGGUUCAUGGCUAAACGAGUCACCUUCUUCUUGUUAUAUGCGACUUCCAACGGGUGAUUCAGGUCGGUUUCAGGCUUCUGAUAUUCGACUUUUCGGAUCCGAUUAUGGCUUCUCUACCACUUCUACUACUACCAAUACUAAUACUAUAACAUCAUCAUCCAGCAUAAAGUCUUCCACCACUACUCAAAUUCUUGUAUCUACUGGUGCUCAAUCUCCACUCUGUAGCUUGACUCCUCGUCGGGUAGCUGCAUGAAUUGUUCAUCAUCAUGGUGCUGUUGCAUGUCUGAAGCAAAAAGCUGAAGGCAUGGAGCUAGCCAUAUGUCCGAAAGUUUCAUCGUGGGUUUGAUAAUUGUAACAUAGUACGUUUAUUUUUGUGUUUUUUUUUUUCUAAAAAAGAAAAUUUGUUUCAGUUUGGAUGGUAAUUAAUAAGCUUGUGGAAAACCAAAGGGGCAGGACACAUGCUUUUGUGGUAUGUUAAUUAGUGUGUGAAAAUAGAAGAAUCAAUGAAGAAGCAUGUGAGCAAUCCAAAGGGAAACGCAUGCUUCUGAUCUAUUAUAUGUUGCUAUUUCUUUCAUUAAAAUCCAAAGGUUCUUAGAUUUCUGUAAAUACUUUAGUUGUAAUAUUGGAGAAAUUAAUGGUCCAUUGGUGCCAGAAACAAAAAUGUUUAUUGCUUUUCUGAA